AUGACGCCACAUCGGAAUGGGAACAACAAUAUCGCCGGCUACAUGGCUCUCCAGCCACAGCAGCCACAGCAGCCACAGGACUUGACCGAACGUCGACAACCACUUGAUCCCGAGAAGCCUGAUCCCUUCGAUCUAUCAAAUCUUUCAUCAAUAACUCUCACUCAACUGACGGAAAUGGGUCAACCAGAGCAUCACUUCAACGUCUUCAUCCGGAUGCCCUACGCGCGCGGUGACUUUGUUGACCCUCCUCCUGUCGCUUGGAAUUCCACCAAAGAACAUGCGCUAUGGGACAUUCUUUCACGGGUCGCCAAAAACAGCGAGACUGACUGGAAAUCGUUGGCUGAGCAAUUCGAGGUCACCCCGACUUUCCUCCUCCAGCAAGCCGCCUGGCUUUAUGAACGCAAUCUACAGCAGGUUCGUGCUCACAUGCGACGUAUUGGAAAUAGUAGGCAAUCCUCCACCCCCAGUCCAGCCCCUGGGUCUACUUCUGCAAGCAUGGUUGGUGGUCAGGCUAUGAGGAGAGCUGGAAGUGGCGGAUCACGUGUCCCAUCCAGGCUUUCAACCCAAGCAUUGGGUAGUCCAACUACGGGCGCUGGUGGUGAUAGUACACCAGGGACGCCUGCUAAGAGCAGAGCUUCCUUGCCAGUGCGGAACGCUAGUGCGGUCGGAAGCACCGGCCCAUCCCAAGCCCGAACUGCCUCAGGCACUACGAGACCACUGUCUCGUCAGUCAUCAAGGGAUGCAGAGAUUACAGCUGGCCAUGUUGCGACACAGUCACGACGCGGAAGUCUUCAGCAUAUGGCGUCCCGUCCGCCAGGGCAAGCGCGUACAGCUGGGCAACAGCAACAACAGGGUCAACCUCAAUCUUCAGACUCUGAGGAAGAAAUGACACAAUCACGAAUGAUCACCCGACGAGGAAAUCCAUCACUACAAACUCACCGUCGUGUUGCUCUAGCUCUGCGGAAGGACUCUCAGUCUCAACGUGGCAAUGCUGCUAGCCCAGUCGACCUUGGCGCAGCCGCUCCACCUGCAGACUCAGGUGAUGAUGAGGAUGAAGACUCGCCCUCUUUCCUCCCAUUUGCAACACCGAAUUCACAACCUAACAGUGUUGAACCAAAGCUCCGCCCUUCCUCUUCCUCUCAGCAAGAUCCUAGCGCAACCCUACGUGGAGGAUUUACCCAUCCAGCUGGACUAGUUCAGACACAGAAUCUUCGACCUAACAUCCAUCGUCGAACCACGUCUGAACGGAUCUCUUCCCCAACUGUUGAACCACCAACACCCAAGCCGGACCGAGAUAUCAUAAGCUCCACUUCGUCAUUGUCGAGCCCGACUACGCAGUCUCAUCCAGGUACUACUGCAACAUGUGCAACAGCCAGGACCAAUCACUCCAAUGCGAGCAAUAAUCUUCCAGGUCCAGCUCAGGCAUCGCAAGCCUCCGGCAGACGGAGCAACCAAACCCCAUUGAGUCCACCACAUCGAGCACUUUUGCCAUCCUCGCCGCGUCGUCAUGCGACGGGUGCAGGCAGCGACACGAGCCCUAGCAUGGGUAGUUCGUUCUCAGAUCUUGAUGAUGCAAGUGUAACACAAUCGGCUUUGGAAGAGGCACUCCUAUCAGGUAUGGGCAACACCACAAUGACCGUACAUGGCGGAGUCGCUGGGAGGGUCAGUGGCAUCAGUCAGGCUUUAAGAAGUCGGUAUUUUGACUCAAGAGGAGCCGGGAUCAGUGAACGCUAA